UUCAUGUGACAAAGAAAACUUGGAAAUAAAACAUACUACAAGUUUUAAUUUUGAGAUAGCAAUUGAUAUCAAUCCACUUUCCGGAGAUCCAAAGACUAUUACUGAUAUUAUUAUUGAAGCAGUUCAAAAUGCAGAUGAAUAUAAAUGGAGGUAA